AUGGAUAAAUUGUGGCCCAGACAGGGUAGCUCGCCAGGUGUAAUUGCCGGUGCGACCAGUCAGGGUGUUUCGGAGAGCGAAAAUGCCGGAAAUGGAGUCGGAGUCUCUCUUCAGAGCUCGUCCAGGGAUCUAGCAAUGCCAGUGGUAUCUGGUGAUGGCAGUGGUGCGAGUUCGUCGUCGUCGAGAUUUGGUCAGUUUUCCGAGUUUCUCGAGUCGAAUCCUAUAUUUACUGCUGGAUUUGGAUUGAUGGGAUUGGGUGCUGGUCUGGCAGUCGCUCGCCAGGGAGUCAUGCGAUUGGGAAAUUUAAUAUACAGACAGAUGUUAGUGGAUCUAGAGAUUCCUUCAAAAGAUAAAUCGUACACUUGGUUUUUAGAGUGGAUGUCUCAGUAUCCGAAUCGAAACUCGCGUCAUUUGAGUAUUCAGACAGCUGUUAAACAACACGAUAAUGGAUCAAUUACCACCAAAUUUGAGCUGGUUCCUGGUCCUGGUAAGCACUUGAUUCGAUACAAAGGUGCUUUCAUGCUCAUUAAAAGAGAACGGUCUGGUCGUCUGAUGGACCUGACGUCUGGAACUCCUUUCGAAACUAUCACAUUGACUACACUUUAUAGAGACAGACAUUUGUUCAACGACCUGCUAACAGAAGCUCAUACACGAGCCCAGUCUCAGCAGCAGGGCAAGACAGUUAUUUAUUCUUCAUUUGGCCCUGAAUGGCGGCCAUUUGGAACUCCAAGACGCAAACGAGAUCUCGACUCGGUUAUUCUCGCUGAAGGUGUUAAAGAGCGGAUGCUCGACGACAUAAAAGACUUUCUUAAUACCAGUUCCUGGUAUUAUGAUCGUGGUAUCCCAUAUCGACGUGGGUAUCUGUUAUAUGGACCACCAGGAUCUGGUAAAUCAAGUGUAAUUCAGGCAUUGGCUGGUGAGCUUGAUUACAAUAUCUGUAUAUUAAAUUUGUCAGAGAUCACCUUGACUGAUGAUAGACUCAAUCAUCUCAUGAACCAUAUUCCCGAACGGAGUAUAUUACUGCUAGAAGACAUUGACGCGGCUUUUAAUGAACGUAAACAGUCUGAUGACCAGGGUUUCAUGUCCGGUGUCACCUUUUCUGGUCUGCUUAACGCUCUUGAUGGAGUUGCUUCAGCCGACGAACGUCUUAUUUUCAUGACGACAAAUCAUCCAGAACGCCUCGAUCCUGCUCUUAUUCGCCCUGGUCGUGUCGAUUAUAAAGAAUGUAUCGACAAUGCUACUGAGUACCAGGUUCGCCAAAUGUUCCUGCGUUUCUACGAGGGUCAUGACGCCGAAUGUGAACUUUUUGUGCAGAAAGUCAUUGAUUUGAAUAGCACUGUCAGUACUGCCCAGCUCCAGGGUCUCUUUGUAUAUAAUAAAAACAACCCCCAAGGUGCCAUUGAUAUGGUGCCUUUUCUCAAACAAUAA